CAAUUCUAUUUUACUUUAGUAAAAGCCGUUUUCACAUCACCGGACACGAAAUCAUGAACUAGAUACAUUGCUGACUAGAAAAACUUCGAAGUCGCCAAAAAUUGAAUUUGAUGCAUUUCCUACCGAUUGAGAUCGAAACUCCCACCUGUUUCGCAUAAAAAUGCGUUCACGCAAGAUUCUUAUCAUUGCUGGGUUUCUUACAACCUGGACUUUUAUAACCUAUUAUUUUUUAAUACGGAAUAGUACCAUGUACCCGUCAAGGGAUCGUUUGCUUCUAAAAAAAAUAAAUAAAUUGGAACGUGAAUCACAUGCUGAGAACAAAGAAAACAGCAGACUUGUUGGACAACUCAUUGGCAUUAUAAAAGAAAAAAUUAUAGCAAAUGACGUAGAGGAGUCACUUCCAUCUAAGCAAACAAAAGAUCGCCCUAUAGGCAUAGUCGCCCUUUCACCAGAUCACCUGCUGGGCUUACAAGAACCUGGUCAAGUAAAUAGCCAUGAAGAUAAUCCACCGGAGGAUGAGAUAGGAGACAGCGGUAAAGAUCCACCAAUCGUCAAGCCAAUCAUGACUCAUAUGCCAAAUGGAGAUCCCGUCAUACCAAUAUUAGUAAUUGCAUGCAAUCGUGUAUCUAUUCGAAAGUGUCUAGACAACUUGGUUCAAUAUCGCCCAAAUGCUGAUCAAUUUCCAAUCAUAGUAUCACAGGACUGUGGUGACCAACAAACAAAGAAAGCUAUACUGAGUUAUGAAUCGCAAGUCACAUUGAUAGAACAACCAGACCUGUCGGACAUAUUAACGCCACCACGAGAGAAGAAAUUUAAGGGAUAUUACAAAAUAGCGCGCCAUUAUGGUUGGGCAUUAAAUACCACAUUCCAAAAAGGCUACGAAUAUGUCGUCAUUGUUGAAGACGAUUUAAACGUUGCUCCCGAUUUCUAUGAGUACUUUUUAGGAACACAUACUUUACUGAAACAGGAUCCUUCACUUUGGUGUGUAUCUGCUUGGAAUGACAAUGGCAAGGAUAAGUUUGUUGAUAACUCAAAGCCUGAGGUCUUGUAUCGAACUGAUUUUUUUCCGGGACUUGGAUGGAUGCUUACUAGAAAUUUAUGGCAAGAGUUGUCAGUGAAAUGGCCAAAGUCAUUUUGGGACGAUUGGAUACGGCAUCCAGAACAGCGAAAAGAACGAGCCUGCAUCAGACCUGAAAUAUCCCGGACGAGAACCUUUGGAAAAAUUGGCGUUUCAAACGGCUUGUUCUUCGACAAAUAUCUGAAGUAUAUAAAACUUAGUGAACAUUUUGUAAAUUUUUCUAAAAUGAACCUCAGCUAUUUAUUAAGGGAAAACUACGAUCGCACAUUUUUGAAUGAUGUUUAUUCUUACCCUAUUGUAACGUACGAAGAACUUCGUAGGAAUCUCAUUAAAACAGACGGACCCGUUCGAAUACAAUACACCACUAGAGAGCAAUAUAAACAUAUAACAUCAAUUUUAGGACUCAUGGGUGACUUCAAGAGUGGAGUACCGCGUACUGCCUACCAUGGCAUUGUUUCAUUCUUUUUCCAAAAGCGUCGAGUUUACUUGGCUCCAAAUGCUAACUGGAAAGGAUACGAUCUCUCAUGGAGCUAACAGAAUAUCAUCACCGUUUUGAAUUUAAACUAGAAAGCAAAUUUUGAGAGCUAAUAUUUUUAAUGUAUAAUACCAAACAUAGCGUUAAAAGCACCCCAUAUUAAAUUCAUGUGUCGUUUGUCAAAAGUGCUUUUUCAUACAUUUGCAUCUGUGUAUCGUACUACUGUAAAAUAUGUAUAAAUCCCAAGCCGAAUACGAGGACAUGUUGAUUAUUAAUAACUAUUAGCCACAACCAAAAACUAAAUUAAGUUAGUUUCGUGCGAGUGAAUUUAAAUUUUUUAGUUUUAUUUUUUUUUAUGGUACUAGUUGAUUAGUAUCACAAUUUACAUGUAAUAUAAAAAAUACUAUUUUUACACUAUCACUCCUGCGAACUGAAAGAAAUAUCUACAAAUUCCUGCUGGAAUAAUUUUUGCUCAUUCAAUGAAUCCACUAAUAUAUUAUGUAUAAUAUGCUCUCUAAAACAUGCAAUGUUAACCUAUUUAUAAUUAUACUAUUUUUGUGUGAUUUUCCUUUAAGUCAUAGAUAGAUAAUAAGUUUGCCAAUAUUAAAGGAAAACAAUAAUUUUUGUUGAAUACAAGUGCAUUUGUAUCUUUUCCUAUUUACCAAGUGACAGACUUUUGUGAUUUGUAUAUGUUUUCCGAAGAAGUUCUUCCUCAAAUAAAGUUUGCAAUGGUAAUCUGCGAGACCAGAAAAAGCAAUGUAAAUACAGCAGUACGCUACGCAGCUACGUUCGUAAUCACGGAAGCGCACGGGGAUCGUG